CACGGCACUUUAUGUUCUAAUUUUUGCAACAUUUAUGUCUUUGGUUACAGUGAACCACUGUUAGCAAUACAGAAUUUUCCCUACCGGGGAACUUUCCAAUAAUGGGGAAGUUUCCUAAAGAAGUAGGUGUAGUUACAUCAACAUUUAAGUUGUCACAUGAAGUCUUUUGACAAAUAGUUCUGUUUUUCCUGUCUUUUUCAUUUGAUUGUGGAAGAAACAUGCAGCAGCAGUACUGAGGAGCAAUUUGUACAGUGAAUAUAUUUUGCUUUUAAGAAACUAUUUGCCACAGAUGUUGGAAGCUGGCAGGCGGACAGAAGAGGCAUUGUGGUAGGUUCUGUAAGAAAAUCAGCAAGCAGAUAGCUUUAGUAAAGGUCUUUGAUUGACAUCAAAGUCUCAAACUGAUCCAGAGGAUCCUUCUGCUCAGGGUGAAACAGGAGAAGGUUCUAUAAUGGUUAUUGCAGUAGUUUUCUUUCUGCAUGCACUCCUGGAUUUGACCUGGACCUACUUUUUUUUCCCUCUGAAAGUGAAAAAUUGAAUACAGCAGCAAACAUUCUCAGUCCUGAGGAAAUUUGUUCAAUCUACAUCAUGGGAAGGCCUUUGUUUUUGUAUAUAUUUUUAUUCUACUGGCAUUUCCUAAAUGCUUUAUUCACUGUUGAAGCUCCUCAGUCACUCUGCACCGUGGAACGUGGCAACAACGUGACCAUGGAAUGCACAUUUCCAGUGAAUGGGAAAUUAGAGUUUAAAGAUUUAAGUGUUAGCUGGGAAAAGAAAGAUGAGUCAAAGCAGGUUUAUGUACUUCACAAAGGAGAGGAAGACUUCAAAAGUCAGGACAAAGACUUUAGGGGAAGAAUAAAAUUGUUGAAAGAGAAUUUGAACUUGGGACAGUCUCUCCUUCAGAUCACUGACGUGAAGCUCCGAGAUGCAGGGGUUUACCGCUGUGUUGUUGUCUAUGGGGGAGGUGACUACAAGACAAUCCAUCUGAAAGUUAAGGCUCCUUACAGAAUUAUAAACCAAAGAGUGGUGAGCACAGGACACAACGAAUGGAAGUUGACGUGUCAGUCAGAAGGCUACCCAGAAGCUGAGGUGAUAUGGCAAAACAGAAACCAUGAAGAUCUGACUGAUAAGGCAAACACAAGAUUUGAAACUGGAAGUGACCAGUUGUACCGUGUGACAAGUUCCCUUACAAUCAAAAGUGGAAUUGAUGAGAUUUUUUACUGUAUAUUCUGGAAUAAAGAGCUGCAAGAAAAUACAUCUGCCAUUUUACACAUAACAGAUUCAGCUGAUGGCAUUCUCCAGACUGAGAGCAGACGCUUUGUUGGAGCAGCUCUCAUUGCUACUGCUUUUAUUGUAUCAGGGCUUCUAUUUCUACUCUGCAUAAGAAAAGCUAGAGCAAAUAAGGGCAACAGAACACCUGUGGCGAGUUCAUCAAUAGCAAAGCUGUCGAAAGAUAAGGAUACACAUGACUGCAGAGAUGAUGCUUUUGAAGACAGGGAACUGAAAUAUAUGCAAAUUGAGAAGACCUAGAGAGAGCAGGGGAAGACUUUUUUCCUCUGUUGUGAAGAUUUGACAGCUCAAAUGUUAUAUAUUCUAUCUAUUAAAGGGGAUAUUAACUUUUUUUGUAUUUAUUGUGUGAUGACAAUUUUCUAUAUUGUUGUAACACAGGAAAAAUGUAAUGAAGUUGAAAUAAUUAUUACAGCAUAAAAAUUAUUGAAUGCAAGCUUCUGUAUAUGUGACUAGAUAUUGAGGUAUUUAUUUAAAUAUCAAAGUGUCUACCUUCUCAAGUUUAGGCAAAUGUGUCUUUCGAAGAAACAUUUAAUUGAAAAUAUCUUUCAGGUAAAGCACUUUAGGUCUAUGACCAUCAUGAAUAUCAUAGCUGGUUCUGGAGAGGUCAUUUUCAGAACCUUUUUUUCUUCCUUCUUCAUCUCAAUUUCCUGUGUGAAACUGGUUUUCCAUCUUUUGAGGAAUCUUUUCAGUAUUUUGAUCCUCAUAGAAGAUGAUGGUGCAACAAGACAAGGUGCCAUACAAACAUGGAAUUUUCAGUCCUUAAAAUACCAGAUGCUCUCAGCUAAGCCUGAAAGAGAUGAUUUAAAACUCUUGGUAACUAUGGCUUGGAAAUAACAUAAUACUGAGCUUUUCGAUAUCUUUCCUUGAAAAGUGUUUUGGGCAUUUAAUUUCCUCAUGAUAGAUUUGGCACUACUUGGUUACUGCUCGUUGCUCUUCUGAUUUACAGUCUAGGAAUAAUACAAUUCUUUGGACAUUCAGGAAGAACAGCCCUUGUUUUAGAUGGCCAUUUUGUUUUCUUGGGAAUGGAAAAAGGAAAAUCUACUUAUGUCUAGGACAUGAAAUACAUGCUUACAUGUAUAUUUAAUGUGUAAUUAAUGUUAAUUAAAUUUUAAUUAACGUAAUUAACGUUUAAUUAACAUUGUA